AUGGCUGAACAGGAAAAGAAAGCCAAAACAGAGCGAAAGACAUGGGACAAGGAGGAAUGGCGCAAGAAGGCGCAGGAAAAGGAUGCAGAGGAACGCGAACGGAUGCAGAAGAAUGACGAGUUGAUGCGAAAAGGCAAGAAACCUGCGCGACGGAAUCCAGCAAUGGACAAACCCAAGCCGACCGAGGUCUUGAAGCAAAGAGAGGGAUCCUUGGAACUCGAAAAGAACCUCGGCAAGACUAUGGUUGUUACGAAUGGCACUGGACGAGGCGCAGGACAGCCUGGAUUUUACUGCGAGGUCUGCGACCGCAACCACAAGGACAGCAACAGCUACCUAGAUCACUUGAACAGUCGUAGUCACUUGCGCAUGAUUGGUCAGAGUACGCGAAUAGAGCGGUCAACAGUUGAGCAAGUCCGAGAGAAGAUUGCUGCACUGCGUGCACAAACAAAGGAGGUUCAGACUGCCAAAAACUUUGACUUUGACCGACGGCUUGCGGAGAUUAGGGCGAAAGAAGACGAGCUUCGUGCCGAAAGACGCGCUCAGAAAAAGGCUAAAAAGGAAGCUCAACGAGCAGAACUUCUCAAGGUUGGGACAGACGACGUUGACAUGGAGGCACAAGCGGAUAUGGCCGCGAUGAUGGGCUUCAGUGGCUUUGGGACAACAAAGAAAUAG